AUGACCAUCCUUGAGUUCCUCCACGAGAGACAUAAUGGUAACAUUACCAAACCAUUGACGAUAACCAAGGACUCAACAUUGAUUGAUAUCAUCAAUAUUAUGUGUGACAACAAUGCACAUAGAGUGUACAUGAAUGAUGAGAAGGAUGGACAUCCAUUGACUGUCACUCUGGUUUCCGAUGUCCUCUCAAUUCUUGUCAAUUGCUAA